AUGGCCGAAGUCCCUCACAAGCUUCGUGUGGACCGGUGCGAUGCUGAGCUCUUCCAACGCGAUGCUUACUGCAUGAAACGGCUGGUGGACCAUCGCGACGAUGAGCUAAAAGCUCCUCCGCUCAUCACCGGCGGCACACGUCUCCGAGGAGUGCCCUUACUAGGCGGCAUGAUGCUACCCCCAGCCUAUCUGGAACGACAGACAGAGGGCAGGACGGGCCAGUUGCAGCGAUCUCUUUCCCUCCUCCCCAUUUCUCUCAACUCUCCAGACGAGUCGAAUCCACGUAAGCGUGGGAAAUCGACAAAGACCAAAUUAGCAGGCGGAAUUCCAGAGCCCGCAGGGCCAGUCACGACAACCGCGAACCAGCGCGCCAUUACGAUGCCUUCCCAAACGCCGCAGGCCCAGGCCGCAGCGCACACGGCACAGGCCCCGAGUUCUUAUGCUCCCGCUCCAGCACCGGCCCCUGCCCCGGCCAAGACGACGCCGACCAAGACGACGCUCAAGGCCCUGCCGACCGUGAGGGACCACACCACCGAUCAACUCAACGCGGCGGGAGACGAAUACAUUCCGAGGGAGACGGACGAGUUUGGGGAGAAGAAAGUCAUGCCAAACGGGCAGCUUCAGGGUGGCCGAGAAUACCGUUGCCGGACGUUCCUCGUUCCGAACCGUGGCGAUAAGCUCUUCAUGUUGGCGACCGAGUGUGCGAGGGUUCUCGGAUACCGCGACUCGUAUCUGCUGUUUAACAAGAAUAGGUCUUUGUACAAGAUCAUCGCCAGCCAGGUCGAGAAGGAUGACCUGGUAGCCCAGGAAAUUCUCCCCUUCUCCUAUCGAUCGCGGCAGAUUGCCAUUGUUACCGCCAGGUCCAUGUUUCGCCAGUUUGGAAGCCGGGUCAUUGUCAACGGCCGACGUGUCCGGGACGACUACUGGGAGACCAAGGCCCGGAAGCAAGGGUUUACGGAAAACGACCUGGCUGGAGAGAAACGACCCGGAGGUGCCCACCUCAACGACAACAGGAACCGCGACUACAGUGGCAUACUCAAGGGCGGACCUCGGCAGGAAAUUACCGGACCGGCCUACCAGGAUCAGACUCGACCUUCUGCCGUCUCGGAACUCAAUGCGCAGGCGCACCACGCAGCGGAAUUCAACCGGACCAUUAACCAGCAGCGUGACAUGCGCAACGACUAUAUCCACAGUCUCUGGAGGCGGCCUCAUGAUCAGCCUGCAACGACCAACCUCACUCCCGCGGCGCCCGCCGCUGAACCUGCCACAAGCCGGCCGUCCCAGUCUCCUCAUACCACCGCUGCGGGGCUGCCGCAGUCGGGCAUCAUGACCAGCCAGAGCCCGCAGAUGAUGAUGGCUUCGCCGGCAUACUCGCAAUCGAUCCAUUCGCAAAGCACAAUGAGCCAAGCUCCGAUUCGAGGCAUGUCCCAGACGUCUACGCAAAAGAAUGCUAGACCGGCCUCCUCCAUCUCUUCGAGCGGGACCGGCAAUAUAUCCCAGACCCAAGGGUACAAUUACCCUCAGUCGGGUCAGAUGUGGCCUCCCACGCCUCAGACACCGCAGCAUGCCUACCCGGGCUAUACGACGCAGAAUCAGCAGCAACAGCCCCACGCCCAGCAGCCAGCUUCUUCCCAGCUCCGACACUCUAGCAGUGGGCAAAUACAGCCGGGAAUGCAGUUCUCCAACAUGCCAGGCAUGAGCCAAGGCUACAGCGCCGGUGGCCAGAGCAUCUACCCGGCCGAGUCGACUCCCAGGCAAUACAUGCCUCAGAACACUCAGGGCACGCCUGCUGUCUCCCAGACGUGGUCGAACCAGCAGACACCAACCACGCAGCAAUGGUGGUCCAACUCGCAGCAACAGUGA